AUGUUCAUAUUCGAUUGGUUUUGGAACGUAUUGAGCUUCUUGGGUCUUUACAAUAAGAAUGCCAAGAUUCUAUUCCUUGGACUAGAUAACGCUGGCAAGACUACAUUGCUAGGUGUUCUGAAGGAUGGUCGUCUGUCGCAGAAUCGUCCAACCUUCCACCCAACCUCUGAAGAGUUGUCAAUGGGUAAUAUUAAAUUUAGAACUUAUGACUUGGGUGGUCACGAGACAGCUCGUAGACUCUGGAAGGAUUACUACACCUCAGUCGAUGCCAUUGUCUUUAUGAUCGAUUCGUCCGCCCCACAGAGAUACGAGGAGUCAAAGAGAGAGCUAGAGGCACUGCUUUCAUCUGACGAGCUCUCCAAUGUACCAUUCCUCAUCCUCGGCAACAAGAUCGAUAUUCCAGGCACACCAUCAGAAGAGAAGUUUAGAGCCGCUUUGGGAUUGACCCAGACCACUGGAAAGGGCAAGGUUCAGCUGAACCCAGGUACCAGACCAAUUGAAGUAUUCAUGUGCAGUGUUGUGCGAAGAUAUGGCUACGGUGAUGGCUUCAGAUGGUUGGCUUAUUAUAUAAACUAG